UGCGACAGAGCUUGCAGGCCCCAGUUGAACUCACGUGUGUAUCCACCCUGUGUGCCUGCGGGAUCACAGACAGUUUCUUGCUCCAGCCGGUGUAUGUGUGUGUGUGUACAGCUUGUUGACCCGAGAAGUUGAGCCGCGCUGACACCAUGAGCUCCCAGAUCACCUGUGUCUCCUGGGUGAGCCGCGGCGUUGCCAAGGAAACACCGGACAAGGUGGAGCUGAGCCAGGAGGAGCUGCAGCGCAUCAUUACGGAGGCAAAAGAGGAGCUGAGGGAGCGAGCAGGCGAUGAUGAAGAGGAGGAUGGUGAUGAGGGCGCACCCAGCGAACUGAGGCAGAGUGGUGCUAGGACAGAGCCUGCUGGAGAAAUAGAGAAUGAGGAAGGAAAGGAGGAGGAGGAUGAGCUGGCAGAGUACGGCUUGGAUCAGUACGAUGAAGAGGAUACCGUUGCCUCUAAUCUGGGCGACAGUCUGGCUGGACUCACUGUGUUCAGCUGCAAUGAGGAGGAUCCCUACAUCACAAUCAAAGACACAGACCAGUAUGAGCGAGAGGACUUCCAAAUCAAAGCCAGUGACAACCUCAUCCUCGCUGGAAGGGCAGAGAAGGACUGCUGCAAUUUGGAGAUCUAUGUUUUUAACUCUGAGGAAGAUUCCCUGUAUGUUCAUCACGACAUUCUGCUGCCCGCUUACCCUCUGUGCAUCGAGUGGCUGAACUUUGAUCCAAACCCUGCAGAAGGAUGUGGUAACUACGCUGCUGUGGGCACCAUGACUCCACAGAUAGACGUCUGGGACCUGGAUGUGGUGGACUGCCUAGAGCCGGCCUUCUCCCUGGGCAGUAAAAAGGCUUCCAAGAAGAAAAAAAAGGGCAAAAAGGCAGCAGCAGAGCCUAUAGAGGGACAUACAGACGCAGUGCUGGACUUAUCCUGGAACAAACUGGUCAGAAAUGUCUUGGCCAGUGGCUCAGCAGACAACACAGUUGUCCUGUGGGAUAUAUCUCAAGGCAAACCAGCCACAACUCUGCACAGACACACCGAUAAGGUUCAGACAUUAGCAUUCCACCCCUUCGAACCUCAGACACUAAUAUCAGGAUCAUAUGAUAAGACGGCUAUCCUGUAUGACUGCCGGAGCCCAGACAGCCACCGUACCUGGAGGUUCAGUGGCCAGGUGGAGCGACUCGUCUGGAACCACUUCUCCCCCUGCAACUUCCUGGCCAGCACAGAGGACGGUUUUGUCUACUGCCUGGACGCACGCUCAGACAAACCCGUGUUCACGCUGAGGGCACACGAUGAAGAAGUGUCAGGUUUGGACCUGAGUAGCCAGAUUAAAGGCUGCCUGGUCACCUCAUCAGCAGACAAACAUGUUAAGAUCUGGGACAUUUUGGGGAACAAACCCAAUCUGGUGCACUCGCGGGACAUGAAGAUGGGGGUGCUGUUCUGCGCUUCAUGUUGCCCUGAUCAGCCCUUCAUCUAUGCCUUUGGAGGGCAGAAGGAUGGCUUACGAGUUUGGGAUAUUAGCGAUGUCACUGCAGUUGCCGAGGUGUUUGGCAGUCGGGAGCGGCUGGUGGCAAACGCGGCGUCGGAGGCAUCCAGCAGCACAGCAGAUAUGGAAGUUUCCUAGUCGUGCUCUCGAUCCAGCAUCAGCCAAUAAACAUAAAUAAAACUGAGCUACCCUGGAAACACAGUGUGCUGCUCCAUAUGGCACCAUGACCCUCAGAGUGCAGUGCUUAAUUUCCCGGCAACAGUGUUGGUUGAGGGGAGCUGCAGUCUUAUUUUAAGGACUUGACAGGGUGGCGAAAGUGUAAAUGAGGCAAAGAAGACCCUAAAAGACUUUGGAAUAUUUCUCUUACAAGUUAAUGCCUAUAAACAGGUUUCCUGUGUUGAUAUCAGUGAAUUAUUUUAUGAAUUCAUCCCUGAUUUUUACAUGGAAGCAGUGAUGCCAAUAUUGGAAAUGCUAUUUUUGAAUGCAAAGAUCCAGGUCAGACAGAGGUCAUUGUUCCAGUUUCUUUGUUAUCCCUUUCAGUUUGGCUUUUUUUGUACAUUAAAUAAUGUAAUUAAUAUUAUCAGUAUCAGCUUAGGAAGAUUUUCACCUGAUAAAAACAAGAUACUAAUACAGAUAUCUUUUGGGUAUUGGAUACCUGACUUCCCUGGUAAAAUACAUUUUUAAAAAAUGGCUUCAUAGUAUCAUUUGACAUAAUAAAAAAAAAAAAAAAUACAUUAAAAAAUGGUUAACAAUUAAAACAUAUGUAACAUUUUUGUUGUGUAGUCAUAUUUAAAUUGUAAAUAUAAUUAAACUUUUAUUUUGUGAGGAUUUGUGGUCGCACACGUUGCAGCACAGUUGUCCCAGGACAUGCACAGGCUGCAGGGGUGCUGCCACUCCCCUUUGCACCCUCUGCAGGUCUUCCUGCUCCCCUGCCAGCACCCACCGCGGCUUCAAGUUGAGCCACAGCAGUCUUUGUUUAGCACCCACUUCUCACCCACACAUUAGGGACGUUGAGUAAUUCUGUGUUGCACCACCUUGUUGGCAAACAUCUUGGUCAGGUUUACGUGAUCCUCCAUGGCCUCAUCUCUGCAGGUUCCUCCCAGUUUUGAUGUCAAAGAACAAACUUUUUCAGUACGGCUCAAACUAGGGCCUUAAUUUGGCACACUGUAAAAGCUGAGAUGAUCAGGCCCCAAACCACAGAGGAGGAAAGAAGUGGCUUGGACCCAGAGAGUAAGACCUUCACAGAUCUUGUGCUGUCAGGUUGGUUACAAUCAAACAGCUCAACCUUGUCCCUCUAACACAAACAACAUAUAGCCAUUAAAGAACCUUUAAAGAUCCAUAUAAA